AUGCACACUCCGCAAUCACAGUGGAGGUUCGGCUUCUCGUCAGUCUCGACGCUCGAGACGCUCCUCGAUAAGCCCAACGUCACCCUCGAAGAUGUCCUUGACGAAGAUGACCUGCUUCAAGAAUGCAAGUCGCAAAACCAAAAACUCAUCAACUUCCUCUGUCAACCACGCAUCAUCAAGAGGUUGAUGGAACAUGUCGUCGGUACAGCAACCGUUGGUGGAACUGGUGGCAAGGAAUGGGAGGAAAAAGUCAAGUUCAAGUACCCUUAUGUCGCCUCUGAAGUUCUCAGCUGCAGCGAAGUAUGGCCCAUCAUCGACGCUAUCUUUUCCGACCCCAACGAGUAUUUGGUGCCCUUCUGGAAUGCAGUUCUCACAUCGAACCCUUCGGCAUCGCAAGCACCUUUGCCAAUGCACUCGCAUCCUCUAUUCGCCGAAAAGGACGCAUCUACCUCCAACGGCUCCUCUGCUUCGACUUCGCCUUUGCCACAUCUCAGCGUUACCAACUUUACCGAUUACUCGGCUUCUGCCUCCGGAAAUGGGGGCAGCUCGCGGUCGUCCUCUGACUCUGAAUCUGAGACCGAGGGUCGAUUGCGUGCAACAAGCGCUCUCGAGAAUGGUCCUGGACGUGGCGUGCUUGCCGGAUAUUGGGCCAAGGUCAAUGGUGCUUAUUUGGAACGCAAGCCGAUUGAGAUGCUCGAAUUUAUCAAAGAGCAACCUCGGGUUGUGGAGCGCUUUGUAGCUCAUCUCGAAACACCAGCUGUCGUCGAUCUACUUUUCAGGAUCAUUCAGAUGGAGGAGACGAUGCGAACACCCGUUCAGACCACCGACAUUAUCGAUUGGCUUUCGUCUCAAGACUUGAUAUCUCGCACCGUUGAUCUUCUCGCUCCCAACUACUCUGUCGACAUCCACAACACCGUCUCUGAGCUGCUCAAAGCGAUCAUCGCACUUUCGGCUCCUUCGCCCGCCGCACUCAACCAAGGUCAGAGUCAGGAGCUCGGAGGUGGUCUAGGUGAAUCGCAAGAGAAUGCGGCUGGUAUUAACAACCGGCUUGUACGCGAGUUGGCAAGCGAGUCGAUCGUGCGCAAGAUGGUCGGGUAUAUGCUGGAUUCUCAGCUGCCACGACAACUGCAUAGACGGUUGACAGAUGUCGCUGAUGAGCAGUUGUCGCAGCUUUCCGUGCAGGAUCUUAAGAAGCCAUCGCAGCGAGCGGACGCAUCGUUGUCGACGUUGGAGGAAGAUGUGGUUUCUUCUUCUGCCUUAGAUGAUGAUGAUGAUGACGAGUCGUUUGCUAGGCCGCUUAAUCCUCGGGAAUUUCCGGCUUCGGAGUCAAGGUCGCCUGGUCAGUUCGAUCACAGGGGAUCAACGGCUACUGUGAGGCCGGAUAACUUGUUCCCUCCGGUUUCGGCGCCAACUGUGCCGAUUACUUCGGAGACUUGCAGUUCAACACUGGUGACCUGUAUCGGGGUCUUUAUCGAGUUGAUCAGGAAGAACAACAGCGACUACUUUGAGCAGCAUCUGCUACGUACUCUUCACAAUCACCUGGUGAAGAGGCAGAGCGAGUUGACGGAAAAGCGAUUGCAGAAGAAGGAGGAUGAGGAAGCAGCCAAAGCCAACUUCAAGCAAGAAGGCGGUGAGGGAGAGUCAAACGAUGCGGAGAAACAGGAGGAUCCAGAAGCAGCGCAAAAAGCAAUGAACGCUCUGGACGAGGAAGAGGAAGACGUACAGGGAAUGGAAGAGGCCAUGGUUGAGAUUGUUGAUAAGAUGGGACUUGUGCAUUUGGGACCCAUGCUUCGUGUCUUGUCGGAGCGGUUGUCGGAUUUCCAGCAAUUGGUGAACGAGCCUAGGGAGAGGGAUGUUACGAUCCCAACUUCGGUGGGUGAUGUGGCUCCGUUGACCUUCGAGAGGUAUCGUAUUACGGAGCUGUAUGCGGAGCUGUUGCAUUGUUCGAAUAUGGCACUGCUCAAUAGGGCGCCCGGGGAGGGACCGCAGUAUUCGAACGAUGGUGUUCUGAUGGGUGGUCUUGAAGGUCUGCAGACGCUGGCGAGGACGUUGCAAGGUGGAGAUGGUCCUGAAGUCGGGGACACACCGACUGGCGCAAAUGAUAAUGGCGAGCAGAGUAAAGAUGCUGCCAAGAAGGAUGACGGCGCUGAUGCUGCGGGUGCAGGUGAAACCAGCGCAACUGGUCAGGCGGCUUCUUCUCCGCAGGCCUCUGGACAUGGACGAGACAAGUCAAGCACGGCUGCUUCGACCGACUCCACCGACGAAGCGGACGACGAAGCGCUGCUGAACGAAGUGUCGCUUGGACAUAAGCCCAGCUCUACCAUCGAAGGCAGCACCUCUACUGCAGCGGCAGUCGACUCCGAAAAGGACACGAAGCGCGAAAGUCAAAGCAUCACAACCAGCGACUCUCUCGAGGAAGACAAAGCCGACUCAGCCUCCAUCCGCUCCGCACUCUCUGGUCUAUCUCUCGCCGAACUCACCACCCCCAAGCUGUCCGGUCCACCAAGCCCUAUCGACGAUACCAAAGAGUACGUCGUUGGAGACUUCCUCAAGCGCAAGUUCCUCGAAUGCGGCAUCCUCCCUUCCCUCCUCGAUUUAUUCUUCGACUAUCCAUGGAACAAUUUCCUCCACAACGUAGUCUACGAUAUUCUCCAACAAUGUUUCAACGGAUGUAUGGAUGUUGGUCUUAACCGCAAACUCACCGUUGCUGUUUUUGACCAAGGUCAUCUCACCUCUAGAAUUGUUGAAGGUAGGAAGCAGAAUGAAGAGUCAGUUGCUGGACCGAGGAGGAUUAGGUUAGGUUAUAUGGGACAUAUGAAUUUGAUUGCUGAAGAGACGGUGAAGCUUUUGGAGAGGUAUCCAUUGGAGGUUGCUAGGCCAGUGGAGAGGUUUACUGAGCGAGAAGAGUGGAGGCAGGUUGUGUCGGAGACGUUGGAGGAGAUUAGGGAGAAGGAAGGUGGGCCGUUGGCGUUCAACAGGGGUCAUGAGGGGAUGUCGAUGUCGUUCGGGUCUGGGGCAGAGGAUGAUGAUGAUGAUGAUGUUGGAGGGAUAGGUGGGGCUGGAAGUAGUAGUUUUGCUAGCUAUUUGAGUAGUCAGAUUGGAGGAGGGGCGGGAGGGUCAGAUGAUGACGACAGUGAUGACGAAGCCAGUUGGUUGAGUAGUGAGAUGAAAAGAGGAGGGAAGGGGGGGAGUGGAUUUGAUGAUGCGUUUGCUCCAGGGCAUGGGAGUGGUGGGGGUGGAGAGUUGGGGGAUGAGGAUGAAGAUGAUGAUUGGGGACCGUUUGCUGAUCCGAGUGAUGCGAACGGUGGGGAAGGGGGAGGUGGUGCGACGCAGAGUUUCGAUUUCACAUCGGGAGCACAGGGCGGAGGGAACAACAACUCGAAUCCGUUUGCGGAGAACUUGACUUCUGCUGAUUGGUCCGCCCAGUUCAGGAGGGAGUAUCAUGAUGAUGAGCAAUCUGGUGCGGUAGAUGAUGACGAUUCGGACGAUGAUAAUGAGGAGGACGAGGAGGAUAAGGAUGAAGAUGAGAAAGAGACCAUUGGCGAGAACAAGCUCGCGGUUCCAGCAACACUCGACACUCAACCCCCAUCCUCAUCAUCCGCACUCAGCUCAAGCUCCCUCUCCCCCACAGGCUUCGACCCAUUGACACUUCCCGACGUAAUCUCCAAAGCUCACGCCCGUCGACUUUCCUUCGGUCAUCUGGAAUCAGCCGCGCUCCCCUCCACCCCCAGCAAUGCCAGCGGCAAAGAAUCACAUCGUCGACGCGGCUCCCUCGGCUCAUCCGGACCAGAGAUUUCUGAAGUAACCACGUCCGAGGACCCGCUUGGUCCAGGAAUUGCCACUUCUGUCUCACAGACAGAGGAGGGCAAGCUGCAGAGAACCCUAGCUGAUGGUACGACGGUGGUUGUGCCACUGGAUGAAGCUGCAUUGGGGGCUGCAGUUGGUUCUCCGCCCAAGUAA